CGAACGUUCGAAAUAUAAACAUCACAUGUUUUUUGUUGAAAACUUGAAAAAAUCGUUUGUUUUUUCCUGAUUUAAUUCAGUUUUUCUUCGCUGAUUAGAUUCAGUUUUCACAAAAAAAAGAAAAAAAAAAUUCAUCCAAUAAAUUAUGUCUGUUAUUAAAUUGUUAAACAAUUGUUGUUUGAAUGAAAUAUUAGCAAACAAUGGCCGUAGACAAGGACAAGUGUUAAUGAAUUGGUCACAAUUACGUUAUCGUCGUUCGGUUGCAUUUCGUGAAUAUCGUCAACCUCAUUUUAAGCAAAAACUUCUGUUAUCAAUUUGUGAACCUGUUUUUGCACGACAAACUCAAUUACCAACAUCAGAAAAAUGUGGUAAUUUACGUGAAAAACCAUUGGUUGUAGAUCAUCCAUAUGAUCAAUUACUUGCUGCUGAUAUGUCGGAAGAAUUAAAACAAUCCAAAUUAGUUUGUUUAUUUCAUCAAAAUCAAAUGACCCGACCAGAUAAACGAUUAUUAUCCAAUGAAUUUGAACAUGAAGGAAUGUUUCUUCGAUAUUAUAAUCGUGAUAUUGCUCGAAUAUGUUUACAAAAUACACCAUAUCAACCAUUGCUUCAUUUUGCAAUCGGUUAUCCUUUUACCAUAUUAUUUGCUCCAAAUUUGGAAAAAAUUGAUCAAAUUUUUAAAAUUAUACGUAAAUAUCCACAAGUAAUUUUAUUAGGUUCAUUGGUUGAACAUCGUCGUUUAAUUACUAAUAACCAGUUGAAAGAAUUAGCACAAUUGGGUAAUAAUCUGGAUCAACAACGUUCAAUUUUAUCGAAUACAUUAAUGCUUGGACAACAGCAAUUUAUUUCAACAUUAACACAUCAUUCAAGUCAAUUGAAACAAUUAUUAAAUAGUCAUCAUCAACAGUUACAGGAAAACCAUGACAACAACAACAACAAAUCAACGGAAAAACAAAAUGAUUCUUCGUAA